AUGGCGUUCCCCGAGCGACCUCGGCGGCUCACCUUGCUGGCCGCGGCGCUGCUCCUCUGCCCGCCCGCGCGCGUGCGCUCCGCGCAGGGAGGGCGCGGGAACGCCCUGGUUCGCAGGGAGGUGCUCGCCGUGGACUCGCGGGGCCAGCUGUCUGGUGGCGCCGCACAGGGCGGGACGACCGCGGGCUUGGAGGAGAAGCAGGCCUGGACAGGCGGGCGGCCUACCGCGAGCGUUUCGUCGAGAUCGGGCGCGAGGCAGAAGAGUGGGCCGACCUCCAGGCCACAGCGGGCCCUCGGCGGGAGCAUGCAGAGGGCCGGAGGCGAGGAGGGUGUCGGCAACGAGGAAGGGCCCGCCCUUGAGGCCAAGGCCCAGGUUCAGGUGCCGCCAGAAUGCCAGAGCCUCCUAAAACAUAUUGACAAGUUAGCUGAUUACGGCUCCCGAAUAACAUUGAAGGAGUGCAUUAAGGCGUUGGCAGCGAGUGCGCACAUUGCAAACAACAGUGAAACUGUGGUGCGGCAUGAACUUAAAGAUGUGAAGCGUAGGGAACGUCAAGCGAUCAAGGACACUGAGAAGGCGGAAAAAGAGAUGAAGGUGGCCCAACAAUUAAAAGAUAAGGCCUUGGUGGAGAAAUCCUGCACGAUGCAUCUGAGCAAGCAAGUCAAGAUGGAUAUAUAUAUAUAUAUAUAUAUAUGUUAG